AUGCGACUUCUUACGGCAACUGGAACCUCUUUCUCAAGGAGGAAUGAGAUACUGAAAACUUUCAUUAGUUUGAGGAACAGCGCUUCAAGAAGUUGGGGGGUCUGCGGACGAUGCCGAUAUAAUUCCUCACUAACGGAUCUUUCUUCUGUGACUACAAAAGCUCCGGAUACAAUCGCCAAUGAAGAACAUAAGAAAGAUGAUUGGUACAAUGUCCCACAAUCGAUUACUGAUUCUCUCUCCCGAAGUCUACACACAACAUUAGAUCACCCUAUUUCCAUAACUCGUUCAAUAAUCGAAUCAAGAUUUCCCUCGCCUACCUACAAAUACCACAACAAGUUCUCCCCCGUCGUAUCUACACAUCAAAAUUUUGAUUCUCUAGGAUUUCCCCCAAAUCAUCCCGGGAGAAGUAAGACGGAUACAUACUAUAUAAAUAAGGAAACGGUAUUGCGAACUCAUACAAGUGCACAUCAAGCAGACGUGUUCCGCAGUAAUGAGAGCGAAGGAUUUCUCAUCAGCGCAGAUGUAUAUCGCAGAGAUGCAAUCGAUCGAAGUCAUUAUCCUAUCUUUCACCAAAUGGAAGGAGCAAGAAUGUGGGAUCGCAUGAAGGUUCCAAAUGGAGAUAUCGCCGCAGCUGUUUGGAAAGACAUCGAUGCCCUUCCUAAACAUGAUAUGAAUGUUGAAGAUCCAAAUCCUCCUUUCCAUGCGCAGAGAAAUCCAUUGCAAGGAGAACAUACAGAGGCGGAAGCCGAAGCUAUCGCGGCACAUCUGAAAAAGAGUCUGGAAUUAAUGGUGGCAGAGAUAUUCUCUCGUGCAAAACGAGCUGCCAUAAAGGCGGAUCCGAAUUUCGUCGACGAGCCAUUGAAAGUACGAUGGAUAGAAGCUUAUUUCCCAUUCACGAGUCCAUCCUGGGAGCUAGAAAUCUUUUGGCAGGGGGAUUGGCUAGAAGUGCUCGGAUGUGGUGUUGUUAAACAGGAUAUUAUGCAAGACUCAGGUGUUCCAGACCAACUCGGAUGGGCGUUCGGUAUAGGUUUGGAGAGGAUUGCCAUGUUACUUUUUGAGAUACCAGAUAUUCGAUUGUUCUGGUCGAAGGAUGAAAGAUUCCUCAGUCAGUUCAAAGGAGUCUCGAAAAAUUUGAAGAAUCUGAAAAGAUUCAUUCCGUUCUCGAAACAUCCGGCAUGCUAUAAAGAUGUCUCCUUUUGGCUACGAUCAUCUUCAUCGUCAGGAGGUAGUAUUGCGGCUAAUGCACAUGAUUUUCAUGAAAAUGAUAUCAUGGAGAUCGUAAGGGAUGUAGGAGGAGAUAGGGUGGAGGAUGUGAAGAAGGUAGAUGAGUUUACACAUCCAAAGACGGGAAGGAAGAGUUUGUGUUAUAGGAUUAAUUACAGGAGUUUGUCAAGAAAUUUGACAAAUGAGGAAGCAAAUGAGAUGCAUGAAAGGGUCACCAAAGAUUUGACGGGGAAAUUGGGUGUAGAGUUGAGAUGA